CAGAGGCGUCGCUAAGCCGACCACUGCGCUCCACAAGGACUCAGCGGGCGCUUGAACGGGGGCGGGAGGUGAGGCGGGGUGGAGCGGUGGGGGGCGGUGUCGCCAAGGUAGAGGCGCGGUUGUGGCGGCGGCCGAGCGGUGGUCUUUGCGCCAUGGCGGCGUCGGUGUUAUGCUGCCUGCGGUGCUGCAGGGACGGCGGGACCGGCCACAUUCCUCUGAAGGAGAUGCCGGCCGUGCAGCUGGACACGCAGCACAUGGAAUGGAAGAAGAAUAUGUGGAACAGGAGGUUGUUUAGCCAAUGCACCUUUACAUCAAAACAAAAGCUAUUUUGAAUUCAAAAUCCAAUCCACAGGAAUCUGGGGUAUUGGUGUUGCAACUCAGAAGGUUAACCUGAAUCAGAUUCCUCUUGGCCGAGACAUGCAUAGUCUUGUGAUGAGAAAUGAUGGAGCCCUGUAUCACAACAAUGAAGAGAAAAAUAGGCUACCAGCGAACAGCCUUCCACAGGAGGGAGACGUGGUGGGUAUUACAUAUGACCAUGUAGAAUUAAAUGUAUAUUUGAAUGGAAAAAACAUGCAUUGUCCAGCAUCAGGUAUACGAGGGACAGUGUAUCCAGUUGUUUAUGUUGAUGACAGUGCAAUUUUGGAUUGCCAGUUCAGUGAAUUUUAUCAUACUCCUCCACCUGGUUUUGAAAAAAUACUAUUUGAGCAGCAGAUCUUUUGAAUGUAUUUGUUUUUGAACCUUCUAUUUCUGCACUGUUAAACGUGUUUACCAUAUAGUAAAGCUUUACUUGAUCUAUAGAUAAAAAUAUAUUCUUAAAAAAUUGCUUGUUAAUGUUGUCUGGGGAACCAGUAUAUUCAAUACACACCCAAAAAUUUUGAUUUAAAAUACUUAUGCUUUGUGAUAUGAAAAUCAGCAUUUUUGGGCAAUUUACUUAAUUCUUAUUUAAAUAAAUAGAACUAUAGGCUUGAUUAACAGUAUUACAUAGUAAUAUAUUAAAAGGGACUUUCUUAUAUAAAAUAUUCAUAUUGAUAGUGAUGUAGAGUUGGGUAGUUUUUUCUGUCAUUCUGAAAUUUAGGCCUCAUUAAUUAUUUUAAGUGUGUAGUCCAGUAAUUUUGUUUGUCUGUCCUCUUUUAUAUACAAUAGAACAUUUGGCAGAAAUUUAUGUUAUUGGCAACUUCAUUUUUGGCAGUCUAUUUACCAUGUUAAUGUACCACUUUUCUUAAAACUUAAAUUGCUUAUUUUGUUGUGUUAUAUCACUGUUUUUGAUUUGCUUUAUGAAAGAGGAUAAACAGUAAUGAUUAGAGCAUUUUGUUGAAGACCAUCAUGCUGUGUAAUUUCAAUACCAGAGUAAGUAAUGGUUGAUUAGUGGUGUAGUUUACACUGGCAGUCAUUUAGAACAGUGUGAUGCUUUAAAUUUAAAUGAGACUAUUCUUUCAAGAACUUUUAUUUAAAUCUGUGUUUUCUAUAAGGAAUAACAAAAUAAUAGCAAUUAAAGAACAUUCAUUACUCUAUUGAUUGCAUUCUUGUUUUGUCAAUAUACAGUAAAUUUAUUGCACAAUUGAUUAUUUUAGAAGUUUAGGUACUAUAUAAGUGCAUCCUCUCCAUGAUCUAGUUUCCAGUGAGUCAUUGUCCUUUUGUUAACCCCCUACUGAACUGAACAAAUCACAUCUUUAGGUACAUUUGCUUUUCAAAUAUGCACGUGCAGGAUGCAUAUGUUUCACUCCUUUUAUCCACAAGCAGCAAUACAAUGUGUUGUGCUAGAAAAACAUGGACAUUAGAAUUGGAAGGAGAUCUGAAUUGUAGUUCUGCUGUCUAAUACCAUUGUCUCUCAGGUGAGCUCCUCAGUGCCUCUAAGCUCCAGGUUUCUCCACUUAAAGUGUAAACAUACUGAUUUAUUAAGAUUCUGUAACUAGUUAAUAAGAUAGUGUAUGUAAAACACCUUGAUUAUCAUACACACUGAAUAAAUGCAGUUUCCUUGUCUGUGAAUCAGUGGUUUUCACACUGUGCCUCAGGCCUGCAGCAUCACCUGAUAUCUUGUUAGCGUAAUGGACACGCCAGCCCCAUCCCAAACCCCUAAAUCAGAAACAGCUGGGGAUGGCGCCCGGGAAUCUUUGUUUGAGCACCCAGACAGAUCUGAUACAUACUAAAAUUUGAAUACUACUCAGGAGAGGAUUCUUUGAGAAAGAUUGCCUGAUAAAAAUUUUCUAAGAAUCUAAGACAGUUUAUUUUUACUCAUAAGCUAGAAAAAUCCUACACAAUACUUAUUACUUGGUAGAUAAAAUAUGAUACUAUGUUUUGAAAAUAUAGAUAUCCUUGAGGAACAUACCUACUCACAUAUAAACACCCACACAUUUUACCUAUAAAGAUAUAUGGAAUUGAACUAGCUAUGUGUUAUUUAUGUAUUUUUUAUCUGACCUUAUGUUAUAGUAAUUUUUAUUCAUAAAGAACAUACUGUCUUGGCAAAGUGUAUUAAAGUGACUAUGUUAUCUA